UUUUACAGAGCGAGUUGUACUUCCUACUAAAUACCACAUGUUGAAAAGAAAAUGAACUACAAUGUAAUAAGUUUUAAAGAAGCUGAAGACAUAAUGAAGUCUAAAGACCAUUCACAAUUUGAAAAGGUUAACAAAUGCAAACGCGUAAUAUUUCAUCCUCGAUUUCUUGGAAACACAAGGAAGGGAAUAGAAGAGGCUUUGAAAUCGGAAAGAAAUUUGGUGUCAGAAGAAUUUGGUGGUGCCUUAAUUGCCUACAACAACAUCAGAAUUCAACAAGCCAUGGGUCUUAUUGUGGAUCCCUAUAUCCAUUUUGAUAUCGUGGCAGAUUUUAUUGUGUUUAACCCUACUGUUGGUUCAACUCUCACCGGUGUUGUGCACAGAGUGUUCAAAAACCAUGUCAGUUUGCUGGUGUAUGGAAUCUUCAAUGUCUCAAUAAGGAAGUCAGAGUUGAAUGAAGAUCAACUGAUGGAGGGCAAUGAAGUCGAAUUUAAAGUGGAGAGGAUUUAUGUCAACAACAGAAUAUUGUCUAUGCAUGGAUCUUUAUGGAGUGAAGAGGGGUCUUGGGAAAAGAAGAAAACAAAGAGGAAAUCUCACAUCAAGUUCACUGAUGAACCAACAGCAGAAGAGGAUUCAAAUCUGGCAGUAGAGGGCAUGGAGGUGGAUGCAGAUAUACAGAGAGAAAAUGGUGUGACAGAGAAUGCUUCAUUCAAUGGGUUAGAUGAAACAAGUGAGGAUGUAAAAAUGACUGCAGAUGAAACAUCGUCUAAAAAAAGCAAGAAGGCUGAAAAAAAGAAGAAAAAAAAAUCAAAGAAGGAAAACAUAUGACAUUUUCAUUUUAUUAUUGAUGAAUGACCUGUGAUAAAUUCCCAAAUCAGGCUUGCACUGUGUGCCUGAGAGUACAACAGUGAUGCAAGCAGUGCUCACAAUAAGGUGCGGGCCUCAGUCAACCAUGUUUGAUGAUUGAGGAUGUCUGUAAUUCAUGUAUAACUUUGAGUUUAAGUGUCCAAGAACUCACAUUUAUGCUGUAAUCUUUUUAACAGAACUGGGUUUUUUUCUUGUUUGAACAUUUUAAACUGGGAUGAUUUUUCAAUAGUAUCUGCUUUUUGUUCAAGAUUUGUUAUUGAUAAAACCUCUGUCAUCUAUUUAUAUUGUAUGUUAUGGUAUAAUUUCAAAUUACUUGGGAUCUAUGACUUACAGUCUCUUUUAAAUUGUACAUGAUAAGCAUGUAUAUGAAUGUAUGGCAUACAACUGUUAAGUUUUAUUACACAUUAUCAAUGAAGAUUAACAUUCUGGAA